CAUAUACAAAUAGCUCAACUAGCAAGCGAGCGACGAAUAUCAGGAAUUUCUUUUAUUUCAAUUAUAUUUAAGAGUGCAAUUUAAAUGUGAGGAUGUCACGUGAUGAGCUGAAGAAGCAACUGCGCGGCACGCGGCAGGAGGUGAAAGCAGCUGCUAAGGCAAUUUAUGGACAAUUUGAGCAAAUAAGAAAUGGCGGGACUUCGAGCGUCGCUUUGCAAACGCUUAAAUACGAAUUAAACAUAUUGAGACAAUUGUGCUGCGCUCUGCAAGAGAAUUAUCAUCAGCAUGCGGACAUCUAUUGUGAAAUAGCGGCCAUCAUGCUGCCACAUGUGGCGCCACAAGAGACGCAGCCUGACUACUGGACCAAUCACUUGAUCAGCCUGCAGUAUAUACACCAUUCGCUCUGCAGAGAGCAAACGCUGCAGCAAUGUCAAAGAUUCUAUGCACUUAUUAAUGCUCAGGGCUGUCAAAUGCAAAGCAAAUCGGAAUAUAAAUACUAUAUGGGCAUUCAUGUGAAACAUCUGUAUUACUUUGGCCACCAGAUGGGCAAGCAAACGGAUCCAAAGCUUAAAAGGCAACUGUGCGAGGCUCUUCAGGCACUGGGCAUGCUGAUGCAGCAGCUGCUACAGCUACAGCAGAAGGAACAACAAGCGGAUGACUUCAGCGAAGUAAUCUUGGAACUGAAUCAGCUGCUGGGCAAGCGUAGCUUUGGCUAUAUCAAGAUCCUGGCUAGUCUUCCAGUGGCUGACUUUAACGCCAUGUGUGAGCCCCUCUGCCAGGUCAUAGCUAGCAAUGCUUGCAGCCCAAAGCAGCUGAAUGCGCAGUUUCCAGAGUAUUUAAGUGCGCUGCUCCCACUUCUCUAUUUGGACGACAGCGCCUGGCAACAGGAUGAGCAGCGACAGGCACAACCUUGGUCACUCCAACUGCUGCGUGGCUGCCGUGAGCUGUACAAAGCUCAAGCCAAUCAGAAUUAUGUGUUCUCCCUGCUCUACUACUACCUCAAGCUUCUGAACACACGCAAAUCCUCGCUAGCUGCGGACUUGAAGCAGCCGUACAUCGAUCUGGUGAAGAAAAUCAUCAACUUCUUCGAGCAGAAGGCAUUGCCGCAUGUGGAGGAGCAAUGGUAUAUCGACUUUCUUCUGGUAUUCGUUCGCCUGCAGAGACAGCUGCAUCAAAUCGAUCAGAAGCAGCCCUCGUUCGACUACUUCUGGCAGUGUUUGGACAGCGCGGAGGCGUAUGCCGCGCACUUUGACCUGCUGCAGUGCCUCAUCAACAGAAUCAUGAAGCUGGGCAACGGCAAUAGCAGCUCCUUGGCGCUCAGCUGCACCAACAAUGAUGCCAGUUGCCAGGGCCAGCGGAAGCAUUGCGUCUUCAGUCUGGGUUGCUGUGCCGCCUACGCCUACAGCAAUUGGCAGUCCCAGGCAACCCUGUCCAAGGUGUCUCAGCAGUGUUUGGCUGGCAUCAUUCAUUAUGCCAUCAAUGUAGUCAUAGUGACCAAAUGCUUCACGCCCAACAGCACCGAGUUGGUCUUCUUUGCCUGGCAUCUGGUUAACAUAGCGGAGAAGAUUGACUCCUCCGAGCAGAUGCUUUUGCUAGAGAUGCUGUUGAAGCCGCUGCAACAGCUGCGCCCGCUUCUGACUCCGCCGUACGACAGGCAGUUGAUUCGUCGCAUUUACAAAGCCAGCGCCCACUGCUCCCAUCCGGAGCUUGCAGCGCGUCUGCAUUGCGCCUAUGUCACCAGCUUAGGCUGUCCCUCGCGGCAAUACCAACAGCUGUGCAUCUACUAUCGCACGCCCAAGAACGAUAUAGACCAAUGCCUGCUGGAGCUGCAUGCGAAGGGCACGCUCUGCAAUCCCAUAGAGCCAGCUGAGCGCCGGCGACUACUCGAGAUGGACAUGUUGGCGGUGCUGGCUUAUAAGAAGACGCCGCAGCUGCUUCGGUCGCUGCUGCAGCACUGCCUAACGGACUACCAAAAGGUGCUUGUGUCACGGCAUUUGCGCACGGACAAGACUAUUGGCCAGCAAAUCGAGGAGCUCCGCAUUAAUUUAAAACGUAAAAAGCAGCUGACGCGGCUGCAGCAGCUAAUCCUUGGCCAUGCGACGGUAACCAAACUCUUGGACGCGCUCGAGGCUCAGAAGACCAAAAUACCCCUCAAGGAGACAACGGAGAAGACAAUCGAGGAGCUGCUCAUCAAAUACAAUCUAUUGGAGCUUACCAUAAGCAGCGAAAUGCCGCUCGUGGAAUUGGCGACAAUGGCAAUGGACGCUUUUGGCAAAUUCUUUGAGCAGGCCGAUGCCGAGUUCCUGGGCAGUGACGAGGCGCUCAUCGACUGGGAGGCGCUGUUGGAUGACGGCAUUGUGGCCGCCAUGGCGCUGUCUACGAUGGGCUAUACGCAGCAGUCGGACGGGGCGUGGCUGCUGCUAAUGCGCAUUAGCCGUCUGCUGGGCGAUAGCUUCAACUAUUUGCGUGCGCUUAGCCACUUCUUGCCGCGCUACACACAGCACGCGCUGCUCCAGCUGGACACGGAGGUUGCCUAUGCGGAGCAGCUGCUCGAUGAGCUGUGGCCGCAGCUGCAGGCGCCACAUCUGCUGAAGCGCCAUCAUACGACUGUGUUGCUCUGCCUCUGCCACUUGGCGUUGUACUAUGCGCGCCUCGAUUGCAUUUGUCAUGCCCAGCUGCUGCUGCUGCACGCGGAGCGGCUGCGCCAGGAAUUCGAGCAGCGGGCGGGCAAGUGCGACAUAGUCCAGCUGACCAUUCACACGGUUCGCUUUCGCAUGUGCUAUCAGCAGCGCCAGUGCCGCCUGCUGGAUCGCUUGCCCACGGCGCUGCAGCAGCUGGACACCUUAACGGAGUGCGUGCGCAGCUUCACCACCAUCUCGUCCAUGGAUAAUGGUGCACUGAUCCUGCUGCUCGGUGACAUGGUGCGCGACACAACCGAGUGCACGGCAAAUCGACUGAGUGAACGACCCAACUUCUCGAACAGCCUGCUGCAGGUGCUGCUCCAGGGCGGCCUGGUGCUGCGCGCCGUCGAGGUGCUCAUCUGUUGGCUGUGGACCAAUUUGCGCAUGGAGUGCCUGGACAAAGCGCACACCAAGCUGCGCAUCAUCGAGCACUUCCUGUGCAUACAGCCGCUGCUCGAGUCGAUGGCUGCGCUGGAGCAGCGCCAGCAACUGCUGCCCGCUGCGCCGAUGGAUGCGCAGACCAAGCACAUGAGCGAAAUGGUUGGCAAAAUGCUAGCCUUGCAGCUGGAGCAGGUCAGCGUGGAGCCCAUACGCAAGCAGCAACAGUACCAUGUGUCCUCGCCGAAACGAGAAUUGCAGCCGCGCAGCACAAGCAAAAAGCUGCAGCCGUAUGUCUCGCUGGACAUGCAGCAAUCCCAUCCCGUUAUGCGCUCCAGCGUGCAGCUGCAGUGCGUCUACUUUGUUGUGGGCUGUUUCUAUGCCCGCUUGUACUUUCUGAAUCGGGAGCUGGAUGAGCUGGACGACUUCUAUGCACUGACCAAUAAGUGGCUGCAGCAGAAUGCGGCGCGUGGCAACGAAUUGGGGCACAUGCUGCUCGUGCUGCACAUGUAUCAGGCCAACUAUCUGCGUGCCAAGCGACGGCAGCAGCAGGCCAUUGAGCUGACCGAAGCCGCACUGAAGCUGGCCGGCAGCGAGCAGCUGCAGUCGCGCGUGGACAUCAACUAUCGGUACAAUCUGCUGCUGCAGUUGAGUGCAGCGCGGCUCGAGCUGCAGCCGGUGCCAAGGCCACAGAAUCCUAGACGUGCUCUCACCUUCAACAUAUCGCCGGAGGAGAAGCCAAAGUCGUUGAGCAAACCCGAAGUCAAGGCUGGCAAGAAACCGGCCAAAUUUACCAUCUAUACGGAGGAAGUGCAUCCGUUUAGUGCCAGUGGCAGCAGCAGCUCCAGCGACAUAGGCAGCAGUCCGGAACGGCAGUCUGGCAAGCGCUUGGACUUGAAUGCCUGCCAGCUCAUUGAGAUUCUGGACCUGAGCGACAGUGAGACGGAGCCAGUGGCAAAGCUGAAGCCAACGAAAUCUGUGCGCAGCACUCGAACGCGUGCCCAGGUGCAGGUGGAGGCGACCCUCAGACGCACAGCAACCGCCCCCGUCGCCACACGGCGCAAUGUCACGCCGGAGGAGAAGACGCCCAGCACGCGUAUGCGCACCAGACGCCAGCAGCAAACGACCGAGCAGCAGACACCAGCCGAGUCGCUGAGCAGCAGACGUCGCCAGAGGAACUGAUUACGCUUAGAUAUACAUAAUCGUAUGCUCUCGCCUAGUUAGCACAAAUAUUAUUUAUCAACUUUUAUACAUAUAUAUAUA